UACUAUAUACUAGGAUCACCCGGGUCUCCAAAAUUGAUUUUCUUUGCUUUUUCUCCUUUUUUUUACACAUGGCCUCUGGGCGAAACGAUUUUCUGCGAUAAUUCAUUGUUAGCAUCAUGUCAAGAUAUCGGCGGCCAAAAGAAAGUUCUGUUUCUGAAACUCCACAGCACCCACUAUCAAAUAGACACACUAAUUAUAAACGGACUUUAUUUAUUGGAGGUAUUGGCAUCACGUUAAUUGCAGUAGUUGUCUUGUUCAAUCAUUUACAAUCAACUGAAGUAAAAGGACCUGUAGAAAUCGAGCGCAACUAUGAAACUUGGCAUCUAGCAAAGAACUCAUGGCAGCCAAGGGUGUUAAAUCGUGAAGAACUAACACAGAUUGCUCAAAAGGUUGAUCAAGUUGAUAUUAAACCAAUAUUCAACUCAUUUAUGAUCCCUCGACCACCAGGAACUUUGAAUAUAACAAUUGUUGGUAUGUACAUUCGGCAUAAAAUGGAGCAAGAAUUAGGUUGGACAGUCGAAGAGAUGACUUUCACUGACCAACCACCUCAUCCAUACCCACCAACACAGUUCAAAAACAUCAUAGCUACUCAUAACCCUGGUGCUGCAAGACGUUUGGUCCUGGCUUGCCACUAUGAUUCGAAGAUCACACCAACAGGAUUUCUGGGAGCAUGUGACUCCGCCAUGCCAUGCUCGAUGAUGAUUGAAAUUGCCUUUGCUCUUCGUGAAUACCUUGACCAGCGCAAAUUGCAACAACAACAAGGUAUUGAUAGAUCUGAUCUCACAUUGGAGUUUCUUUUUUUCGAUGGUGAGGAAGCUUUUGAUACAUGGACAGAAACUGAUUCAUUGUAUGGAUCGCGACAUAUGGCUUCACGAUGGACAUCACCUUGGAAUGGCAGAAGUAGACUUGAUUCUAUUGAUUUGUUUGUACUUUUGGAUCUGAUUGGAACAACCGACACACAGUUUUACAAUCUUCCUGUCACAUCUUCACGUUGGUUUAAUCAUCUUGCAGAACUAGAGUUACAAAUGUAUCGUGCUGGUUUACUCACGGUUAACAACACGAGGCACACACAUCGUAUAUUUAUACCACGGACAGCUAAUUAUAAUGUUGAAGAUGACCAUGUACCUUUCCAUAGAGCAGGUGUUCCUAUCAUGCAUUUAAUAUCUGUACCAUUUCCUACUGUCUGGCACGAGAUAACUGAUAAUGAAUUUGCCAUGAAUUAUGAACGAACAGAAGUGAUAUCCAGAGUGAUGACAGCAUUCGUUGCAAAAUAUUUGCAACUCAACAUGUAAAUAGAAUUCCUGUGAAUAUUGAUAGGUGAAGCAUUUUGACAUGUCUUAUAAAAUAAGUUUAAGACAAAGGAUUUUAGCAUCAUAUUUUGAACCUUCAAUUACGAAGGUAAAAAUACCACAAUGAUAUAUAAAUAUAAUGCAAUAUUAAACAGCUAUUUCAGGGUAUUAUUGUUAUUUAAUACGGUAUUUUUAUUGUAAUGUCGUUUAAUAUUGUAUUUUUAUUUUUUUUUAUAAAGUAUAUAAUAAAGUUGUUUUUGGGAAUGUGCAAUAUUUUUGCAACACUCUAAUUUGAAUGAACAAACUUUAAAAGCUUUGAUCCAGAGUGCUGAGUUUUAAUUCUGUUUUUUUACCUGUUUCUUGUACAGUGCAAAUGUGAAAUCCUGACCAAACUUUAUCUACAUGACUUUUUUAGAGUUUUCCUUUUUUUGGUUUAAUGUAGAGGCCAUGUUUGCACUUUGCACAGGUAUUUUAUCUUGGUGCCGUUUUAUUGUGUUGUAUUACUGCAUGCCAAUGUGAACAAAAAUAAAUCAGUUCAGUUGUGA